CGGCAGCAGUGAAGCGUUUCAUCUGUGGUCAUUUGAUCCAGGAGCUGCAGGAGGCCUAGCGUUUCAUCUGUGGUCAUUUGAUCCAGGAGCUGCAGGAGGCCUAGCGUUUCAUCUGUGGUCAUUUGAUCCAGGAGCUGCAGGAGGCCUAGCGUUUCUUACUGCAGACUUAUAUCACCUGUGUUUCAUGGGACCAGAGAAGCUGCAGAACUCUGCAGUGGUAUUUGAGUUGACCGGCUGUGGGCAGGAGGACUGAGUCAGGAGUCCAUCUUAAACCCAGAUCAUUGACGUAACCAACCCUCUGACAGGGUCAUGGUGUACCUGGCCCACACGGUUCACUGGCAGUUCCUGGGCCUAGUGAUUGGCUGUGUAGGCUGGAUCCUGACCAUGGCCACCGCGGGCCACAACGAGUGGAGGCUGUGGUACGUAGAGGACGUCUCCGUGGUAACCUCUGGCGUGGCCUGGGUGGGCGUGUGGCGGGCGUGUUUCUACAGCCACACUCUACCCGACUCAGAGUUCUGCCAGCCAAUCAGCAUUGCCGACCUGUUUGUUCCCGUGGAGAUCUCCGUGGCACAGGUGGUCAUCAUGGUAGCAGUGAUAACUGGACUCUUGGGAAACAUCCUUGGUGCGUACGCAGUGAGGAACAUCUAUUUUGGUCAGAAGACUCAUGACUUUAUCAGACUGAUGUUCUCAGGGGCCGGGGGGCUGUACGUCCUGACAGGGGUCAGCUUUCUGGUCCCUCUAGUCUGGAACGUGAAAUCUGUCCUGACUAAUCAGACUGUAGCAUUCCCCCCAGAGUUCCACCUCCCUCCUGCCCCCCUCAGACAGGAAGUGGGCGGAGCUAUCUGGAUGGGGGUCGGUGCUUCGAUCUUCCUUAUCUUUGGCGGUCUCCUAUUCCUCUGCUACAGGUAUGUUAUCAGGGCUAAGCCAGUCAGUGGAGAGAACGACAAGGACCCUCUACAUGGGCCACCCAUAAGACUAAAGUCUAUAUUAGAGAAUGGAGACAAGGAGACCAGAGACAACCCUGCCUUCCAGGCUGAUGAAGACUUUUAGGACAGAGGGCAGACAAACAGGCACUUGUAAACUUGCCGUCGUGGAUUUAAAAGCAUAGAAUUGGUUUAAGCAUUGGCUGGAGAGAGUUUCUGCCAUUGUUUAAUACAUGCAAGAAAGUGUGGAAGUACACACUUUGGGAGAAGGGUGGGGAAUCCGAAUUCAACCAUAAAACACUGGAAAACAGAACCCUAGAACCCCUUCUCUCUGUGCAAUUAUAAUUUUAGCAGUUUAGAGUACAGCUUUGACAAGUGCAUAGACGCAGUGAUCUAUAUUUUGGUCUUUGAUAAAUGUGACUAAUGAAAACUGCAAUUGUUUUUGAUUGAUUGUAUAUAUUUGCAACAUAAUUUAUUUGAAAUGUUUGUAACUGUAAUUUUGUAGUGAUCACACUUGAACUGUUGUUCUCGAGGCACCAUUACAAAUGAGACCCUGGAGUUAAACAAAGGCCUGAUCUCAAUGGAGUUAAACAAAGGCCUGAUCUCAAUGGAGUUAAACAAAGGCCUGAUCUCAAUGGAGUUAAACAAAGGCCUGAUCUCAAUGGAGUUAAACAAAGGCCUGAUCUCAAUGGAGUUAAACAAAGGCUAAUAAUAAAAUAAAAUUAACAAAGUUCAUGAAAUCCUUG